UUAUCAUCCAUUCACAUGCGUGAAUUCAGGUUUGGGAAGAUGAGGAUGAGGAUGAAAUUAAUGAUGAAGAUAAAGAUGAGAAGGGGGAUGAAUUUACUGUAAGCUUAAGCUGAGCUUUAGCGCCCAAAGAAACAGAGCUAAAGCGUUAAAGUCAGAAAGUACUCAGUUGGUGUGUAAAUGUUGCAGCGGUAACGAGAUUUUCUUGUGUUUUUUUUUUCAUUUCGUUCACAUCGGUUCAUCGUUCAAUUCUUGUAAUGGAUAAUACAAAAAGAUCACCCAAAAAAGGGAAAAAACGGUCAAAUGAACUGGACAAACUACUUGCCUCAGGACCUGUGCAGAAAAAAUCCAAUGUGACAUACGACAGUGAAAAUGAAGAAGAAGAGACGGGCAUAACCUUUGAACAAUUGAUGGCCUCUCUCAAGAGACUUGAUGUCGAUGAGGACCAAAUCUUUCGGGAAUGGUCGAAGUCACUUGACCCGAUCACCAUAACGGAAACUCUUGAAAUGCUACGACAUUAUCUCGAGAUAACGCCACACCAAGACAUUGGUAAUGAAGAUCUGUCACUCCUUUCGCUCUUCCUCAAACAAAGUGGCCACAAAGCUAAUACAAAGCAUAAAAGUACCACUGAGGUCAACUUAAUAGACCCUGCCAAAGUUACUAUAAGAGAUCGCGAAGGUCAAAACAUCUUCCUGAGCUAUCGAACCAAAACAGCGAAGCCCAAAAAUUGGUUGGAUGUCACGAAUCUACCAAUCAAACCAUCAAUAAUAGUGCAGAUUAACGAUAAAAAUGAUUCAACUAAACUUGACGGCUUCACCACAAAGAAAACCUUCUCAGAGAUAUAUGAAGAAAGCGGCGAAAAUCAUCUCCUUAUUGAGAAAAUCAUACCGCAGCAAAAUGGUAUAAAGAUAAUUUUAGAGACCGAAGAAGCGAGGAAAGUAUUAAUGCAGGAAUUACAAUCCAUCAAGAAGGACAAUUGGCAAGUACUAAUACCAAAUUUGAGAGACCCCAAGAUAUGCUUCAUCACUUCCAACGAAAUCUCCGAAUCAAACGCUGCGGCGUGGAUGUUGAAACUGAAGCGCUAUAAUCGGUGGGCUGACAAACACGAAAUCAAAUGGCAAAGUACAACGACCCUGAGAGAGGGAAAAUACAAGAUCACACUAUCAAUAAACUCCACAUUGAGAAAUGAAAUUGAGAGGCUUGGUGGCAAAAUCUCAGUUGGCUACCAAAAAGAAGAGAUCUUCGAUCGAUUAAACUUGAUUGUUUGCCUUAACUGCUCGCAGUGGAAUCACAGAGCUACAAACUGCAAAUACAAGCGCUCGUGUGGAUACUGUGGUGAGGCACAUCCGGGGAAAUGCGAGAUUACACUGAAAAGUGACUGGAAGUGUCCCAACUGCAAGAAGAAAGGCCACUCCGCUUUCUGCCAUGAAUGCCCAUUACUGCUGAUAAAACUACAAAAUGAAAUGGAAAAAAUAAACCACCAAUACACAAAUCUCUUCUUGGAAAACUUUUACUAAUAAGUUGUAAGAGAUACAAUUGUUUUCUUGAAUUAAUAAAAUGAUUACAGAAUAAAACGACGAUUGACUUUAAUCUUUUUUCGACGAGAUAACUUACUCAUUUUACUGAACACAAACUGAACCAUUAGUAUAAGUUGCGCCUUGGCAAAAAAAGACUCUGAUAGCUGCAACUGAACUUCUGCACUUGUUGUUGAAGAACUUUUGAAAAAAUUGGACAUCUUAUCGAAAUAGCGGAGUGACCGAUGGCUCCACAUCUAAAACAACACCAAUCAGAUCUCCUCUCACUGUAGGGACACUUCAAUGUGACGUGCCCUUGUCCGCACUGUGAACAACGGGAUGCACUAUGACAAUUCUUCACAGUAUGGCCUAACUGAGAACAGAAAUCGCAAUAACGAAUCGAAAAACAAUCAUAGAACUCAAUGUUAUACCCAGCCAAGUUCAACACUGGGGAGGUGAGACCUUGACGAUACGAAGCUGGUACCUCGACAAUCACAGCGGUAAAGCGACUGCCACGAGUUACGUUCCGCACUCGAAAGGCUCCGUCUACACUGUCUUUAAGAAACUCAAAUAACUGCUCAGCUCCCCCGGGUAAGCCGACUGGAACCAGAUACUUCAGGGUAGGUGACAAAAGCUCUGCCGCCCUGGGUUGAAAACCAUGACUUCGCAAUAGUGUAAGGAUAAAAGAAGUGAAUCGUUCAUCAUGAUCAUUCAACAAUACUCGCACGCAUCUGUGACCCCUUAAAACGAUCGGCUUAAUGUCAGUAGCCGAAUUACCACUUGUUCCAAACACGGCGUCAUUUAAUAUCUGCUGUACCACACUCUUAAACUUAUAAGUCUCAGCAUUAGUCACUGGCACGAUAAUUACUCUGGUCGGCUGAGUGGUUGACGACACGACACCAACAUCCUUAUGCAACUCAAUGACAUACAUAGCAACAAGAAGUAACAACUCCUCCACUAGAG